AAGCGAACAACCUCAAUUAAAAUCACACUUGCAAAUUUUUUCAUUAAUCGAAUAUUUUGUCUAGAGUGUUAAAAUUUGAAGUGUGAAAAUUUAUUUAAAAUUGAUAAAACCACUCGAAACGAUAAAAUAUGUAUACUCGUAUAUAAAAUGUAACCACAGAGGACAUUGAAUACCAUUUUUUUUAUUUCAUCAUAUCAUACAAAUGCGGCUGUACAGUUUACUAAUUAUCUCCACCCUAGUGGUCUUGGGGAUCGCUGACGGCGAUGAUGAUAACAAAAACUACAAUGUAACAAACCGUCCCUUCCCCAAGGGAUUCAAAUUCGGAGUGGCCACAGCCGCUUAUCAAAUCGAAGGGGCUUGGAACAUAGACGGAAAAGGGCCCCAAAUGUGGGACGAUUUUUUCCACGAAACCCCGAGCAGAGCUUUCGACGGCUCAAACGGAGACAUCGCUGUUGAUUCCUACCACCUUUACAAAGAGGAUAUUCGCUGCAUGGAAGAGGUCGGAGUCGAUUAUUAUAGAUUAUCACUUUCCUGGGCCAGAAUUUUACCCGACGGAACCACCGAUAACAUCAACCAGCUAGGAGUCGAUUACUACAUAAAGGUUUUCGAAGCAUUAGAAGCUAAAGGGAUCAAAACCAUGGUUACAAUCUACCAUUGGGAUUUACCUUCAGCGUUACACUCCAAAGGAGGUUGGCUAAAUCCGGACAUCAUAAACUGGUUCGCUGAUUACGCAGAGCUUUGCUACAAGCUCUUCGGGAAAUAUGCAGACAGUUGGAUCACCAUCAACGAGCCGAAGCAGAUUUGCCAUGGAGGUUAUGGCAUCGGAGCUUACGCUCCCGGUAUUGUUUCCAACGGUAUUAAAGAUUACAUUUGCGCCAAAAACGUUCUACUAGCUCACGCUAAAGCUUGGAGGAUAUGGGACGAGAAAUACAGGAAGGUUUAUGGUGCUAAAAACACCUUGGUGAUCGAUUCUGAUUGGUACGAACCGUCUACUAACAGCAAAGAGGAUGCGAUCGCUUCUGAUACUAAGCUCCAGUUUGUUCAUGGAAUGUAUGGAAAUCCGGUAGUAAACGGAAAUUGGCCGGAUGUAAUGAUCAAAAACGUCGCUGAUUUGAGUCGCAAACAGGGCUUCAACGAAUCUCGUUUACCAGCAUUUACCGAAGAAGAACAAAAAUUAUUAAAAGGCAGGAUUCAACCUAUUAUGUUGACGCUUAAAAUCACUUCUUGUAUUAUUGCAGGAACUUACGAUUUCUUUGCUUUAAACCACUACACGACUUACAUGGUUAAAGCUAGAACUCAAGAAAUCCUCACUGUUAGCUGGGAUGAUGAUUCCAAAGUCGAUAUCUACCAGAAGAGUGAAGAUAUUUGGAAACCAGCCGCUAUCGAUUGGUUCAGAAUAGUUCCAUGGGGCUUUGGAAAACUUCUUAGAUGGAUGAGGAAAACCUACGGCAACAUCGAAAUUGUCAUUACCGAAAACGGUGUAUCAGACAAAACUGGUAUUCUCAAAGAUCAAACUAGAAUCGACUUUUUAAGAAAUUACAUGAGUCACAUGUUAGACGCCAUUCACGAAGCUGACGUGAACGUUACAGCUUACACGCUUUGGACAAUAAUGGACAACUUCGAGUGGACUUUGGGAUACAUAGGUAAAUCGGGACUCUAUUACGUGAAUCGCACCGACCCGGCUCUCCCGAGGAUACCUAAGGAUUCCGCCAAAUAUUACUCAAAAAUAAUCAAAACCAAAUGCUUAAUCGAUGAUUGUUUGAAUGAAUAAUCCAAAAGGUACUACUAAAUAAAUGUAUU